AUGGAUGACUACGCCAAGUUUCUCUUGGCAGUGACAUCUGGGGGCGAACACUGUGGGGUGCGGAUCUUGAGCGUGCAGAGUGCAGAGCUGAUGAUGAGUGACCUCAGCAGUUUGCUCGGAAGCCGUGUCCCUAGCAGUGCUCGUCCCUACGACGACGCUGGGCUAGGCCUCAGCGGAAUUGGGGAAUUACAGCGUCAAAAAGCACCAAGCUGGGGUGGCUGGUUCGACGGUGUACCUGGCGUGCGGCAGUGGGGGGGUGCUGCAAGCUGUGCGUUCAAAUUUGAUCCAAACAAAGGACAACCCAUCCUGGUGAUGGUCAUGACCCAGGCAUUGCCUCAAGAUGAUGGAACAACCAUCACGACUCUCUUGAAGGAUGUGCGAGAGGUGCUCCGCUUGUGA